AUGGUAUUACCUGGCGAAGAAAUCAAAAAUAGGAUCAAAUCUACCAAAUCCAAACCCCGCAAUCAAGGUGUUGCUAGUCAGAGGCUCGCUGAUGCUCAAAAGCGCGAGGAACUAGCCGCAGAAGCUGCCCUAUUGCGACUCAGGCAACCUCCACUUAAUGCUGCCGAAGUGAACGCACAGCCAGUUGACCAGGAGCAGCCUCCAAGCCCCGACCGAUACAAAGCGUUCCAAAGGGCUGACGAAUUUGAAUCAGACGACGAUCCCCCCGAUCCACCUCCAGCCAAUGCAAAAGAAUACUACAGAGGUGCAACUUACCAGGAACGGACAUUGCGAGAAGAGGCCGCAUGGCGACUAGUGAUACCCAAGCUGUUUGCAGCUUUCAUGCCCUGUAGAAAAGAUACGUAUCAAUGGGGUCAUCCCACUCUAUGGAACCACGACUGGAACCAGCCCUGUCAAUGCCGUGAGUGGGAGAAGGAAGAGAUACUUGUGGAUGCUAUUGAUCUCACAGUACGUCUUGUUCGGAUGGGAUACAUCGGAGGGUCCCCAAGCAGACCUCGUACGGCUUUCUCAUGUCGAAUGUUACGAUACCAUCACACAUUAUGGAAGUAUACAAGUGUACGGUUGACACCUUUUGCUGAGGCACUUGACAAGUUCCUAGAUGCUUGUAAUGUACUAUUAUUGGUUCGAGACAGCAAUCAGGCUCGAGAUUGGCGCAAAAGGUUGUCUGCUGCUGUUGAUGCUUACAGAGAGAUGAUCCGUUUGGAAGAUAGGCUCGCCACUCGAGCCCUUCAAUUGUCACCGAUUGAAGAACUCGCCUCAAAUUUCCCCAGUUGCUUUGGUCCUACGGUGCCAGGAGCACGAGAUGACGAACCAAAUCAUUACAUAUGCUUAGAUGCAAAUUUUCAGCAGCGUCGUCACCUGUCUGCGAGUGCUUCUUGGCGAGGCGAAACUGGUGUUUUACCUUCGCUCUUCAUCUCACCAGCAGAAGUUUCGGUAUGGAAAGAAAAGAUGGCUCCUCCUGCGCAACAACCCAAUCGAGGUAAUCCUAAUCAACCAGCCAAUGAUGUUAUUGUGAGUACUGAUAUUUGUACACACUCAUUUUGGAAGAUAUACUUACUUUACCUUUGA